AUGAUUCAGGGUACCCUGAAUCUUGUGCUGGGAGACAUUGGAAACAUCAUUGCAACUUCUUUCAUCGUCUUGGCGACAUCCGUCAUUUACGUCUGCAAAUGUCAACUUUCGCCUGAAGAGGCAGCAGCAGAAGAUGAAGCUUCGCAGACACAGCCAGAACAUACCGGCACGGUUGCAGUUGACCAUGAAACAGAGUCGAGCCAAGAAGUUGUUCCAUUACCGGCACUUGAGCAAGUACCGCCUACCAUUGAUUUGAAAGAAGCAAGAGUCGAGGAAGAACCCGUACAACAAGAGCUAACCCCACCCGCUAGACCCCGUCUUUAUUUCUUGGAUACCCUCAAGAUCUUCCUGACCUUUAUAGUCUUGGAACAUCAUAUUGCCUGUGCCUUUGGUGGCUGUGGAGAAGGAAGCUGGUUUUUGAUCAUUGGGGAAUACUCCAAUCCUUUUCAAUACGUCGCCCGAUCUUUUGCAACGAUGAAUCAAGCCUAUUUCAUGCCGCUCUUCUUCUUUGUGUCCGCCUACUUUACUCCCUCAAGUUACCAACGUCGUACCAAAGCCGAGUUCUUGGACAAACACAAGGUGCGAGUGUAUAUACCAGCCAUGGUGGCAACCUUUACUGUGGUGCCUGUCUGUUGCAUGAUUGGUCAGUUCAUGGCAGGUAUUACCAUUGUGUAUUUACCACGUUCAGGACACUGUUGGUUUCUGCUGUGGCUGCUGAUUUUCAAUUGGGCCUACUGUUGCAUUGGUGACCGACUGAAGAAGCGAAACCACGAAGAGGGGGAAGCGCCAGAUAGACCAACUUCCACUCCAUUUCCUCGGCUACAAAAACGCCUUUUCUAUGGUUUCUUGGUCUGUGGACUCCUCAUGUUUGCAGUCGUAGUGGCUUUGGGUGGAGGUGGAAGCUUCUUUACCAUGCCAAUUACGAUUGGCUCCUUGAUGUGCGAUAUAGUCUUCUUCGCCGCGGGCACUCAAGCUAAAGCGAACAAUUGGUUGGCACCAGAGAACCUUCGAUCCAAACUAGAAUGUUCCAUCUGGUAUCAGCGGGCUUUGGUACUGGUCGAAGGUGGCUUGAUGUUAUUCCUUUUGUUCAUGGCAGAAGAAGAAAUGGAGGUUCUAUACAUUCCAAUGUUUUUGGUUGCAGGAGUCUAUUGCAUUGACAUGUCCCUCGUGCUCUUGGAUUUCUUCCAAAUCAAUGUCAACUAUCGCAAUGCUUUUAUUGGAGCAUUGGCAGAUGCUGCUUAUGGAGUCUACAUUCUCCACCCUCUUGUAAUCACGGGUGCCACAGCAGCCUUUCUCAAGAUCUACAACAAUCUGCAUCAAGACAACCCGUUGCAAUUUGAAGAUGAGUCUGUCGUAUCAAAGACACAACUCCAAGGACCAGGAGAUGGAAGUCUUCACCUGUUGGCAGGGUUCCUGAUUCUCUCCGUGGUCUGCAAUCUGGUAUGCUGGCCUUUGGCCUGGUGGAUUCGACAACUUCCUGGAUUUCGACGCUCUCUUUGA